GUGAGUUAUAUAAUUGGAGUGGGUGGCUUAUAGGUGGGUGAGUUGGGUUGGGUCCAAAAUUUCAAUACCUCACAAACAUAAAGCUAAUGAAAAUUUACCAACUUGUUUUAAUUUAUCUUUUGUCUUUCUUCUUCAAUACUUCAACUAUUCUCCCAAUCCCCAAUUCUCUAAAUGCUCCAAACUCUUAAAGAUUAGAUUGGAAAAAUACCCAAAUUUGAAAAGCAUUAGGAAGAGCAAGAUUUUAGUCUCAAGAAGCAGAAAAACGACGCCAGGUUUGAGUUUUCUGGCGUUGUUGAGAAGAUGAGUGCUUCUAGGUUCAUAAAAUGUGUUACUGUUGGUGAUGGAGCUGUUGGAAAAACUUGUAUGCUUAUUUCUUACACCAGCAACACUUUCCCUACUGAUUAUGUGCCAACAGUGUUUGACAAUUUCAGUGCUAAUGUGGUGGUGGAUGGGAGCACAGUUAAUCUUGGGUUGUGGGAUACUGCUGGCCAGGAAGAUUACAAUAGAUUGAGACCAUUGAGCUAUCGAGGCGCCGAUGUAUUUCUUCUUGCCUUUUCUCUUAUCAGCAAAGCAAGCUAUGAAAAUGUUUCGAAGAAGUGGAUUCCUGAAUUGAGGCAUUAUGCUCCUGGUGUGCCUAUCAUUCUCGUUGGAACAAAACUAGAUCUUCGAGAUGAUAAGCAAUUUUUCCUAGACCAUCCUGGUGCAGUGCCUAUCACGACAACCCAGGGAGAGGAACUGAAAAGGCAGAUCGGAGCCGCUGCUUACAUAGAGUGUAGUGCAAAAACACAGCAGAAUAUCAAGUCCGUGUUUGAUGCUGCGAUUAAAGUAGUCCUUCAACCACCUAAGCAGAAGAAGAGAAAGAAGAGAAAGUCGCAGAAAGGUUGUUCAAUAUUGUAACGAGCUGAUAUUGGCUAAAGAAGUUUACUUCGCCCGUUUCUGCUACAUUUGCCUUGCAACUUCUCUCAUCUAUCGUAUUAGAGUAGCGAGAUGUUCUUUAGACGCUAGUAGUUUGUGACCGACGGAAACCGAGGGGUUCAUAGCAAUUGUGAGAUUGAUUGUUGUGAUCAACCUUGUUGUGUUAUGUAUUAUACCGAAUUCGCCCUAUGUUUUUAAAUCAGAGAGGAAGUUCUCUGUAAAAUUUGUGUGCUUUCUUGAAAAUGUAGUAAUAGAAGUGUUUGUAAACUAGUAAGCUCUUAGAGGCUUAUAUUUUACAACAUUACAUUUGGUUGUAUUA